AUGCCUCCUGAGGAAGAUGACUGGGGGAGAGAAGCAAAACAAGUCAAGUUACCUUCCCAAAGGAGCCUGACGAUCCAAGAACACGUCAAUCUCGGCUUUUGCCACGAGAACCUCGCUUUUGGCCCCUGGUCGUUCCAGCCUGCAGCUUGCACCUACAUGUGGCGCUGCCAGAAUGAGAUACAGUACGGAGUUGUUUACCUGCCCCUGGGCAGUGCAACCGCUGCUCAAGCCGAACAGAUCUUCACCUUCGACGCCUUCUCGCGGCAAAAGACAUCCGUGCAGUACUGCUUUACCACGUCGCUGAGCGGCUGCACCAUGAACGUGGUGGGAAGCGCCAUUGGGUGCGCCAUCGGCACCUGCUCCAAGUCAUUCGGUGCCUUGGACGACUGCCUGGCUCUGUCGAACAACUCCGCUGGGCCGGAAUGA